AUGAACCAUCACCCAUCUCAACAUUAUGCCGUAGUGGUGGUGGAUCAUGAACCUAACAAUAUUGAUGACGAUAGCAGCACACUACUUCGACCUCAACAAAUUACCACAACCAAUACUACAACAACGACACCAACCAACUAUGAACCUUUAAAUUCACACCAUCAUUCUCUCUAUUCAAACACACCAACAACAACCACAUCACCGCAUCACCCUUUUUAUCAUCAAUCGUCGACCACAACCACGAGUCAUCUUUUACAUCAUCAUCACUCAGCAGCGAUUGGUAGUGGACUAGUCCUACAUGCUCCAACUACUACUUCGACAACAACAACAACUACAAAUAAUCAAACAUCCACUCAUUCACACAAUUGUACAUCGAUGGUUGAAAGUACCAGUUCUCCACAUGCAUCAUCGCCUGCCUUGUCCGCUAAUAUUAUUAAUUCCAAUAAUUUGAAUAUUAAUAAUAGUGGUAGUAAUAAUAAUAAUAAUUUGAAUCAUCAUAUUUCGUCAUCUUCGCCCUCGAUUAAUCCACAAGAGUGUAAUGGAGGAGGAGGUUCAUCGAGUAGUACAAGUGGAUUGCUGUUUUCUGACUCAAAUUCAAAUAAUAUUACAACAUCAGUUACAAAUAAUGGCAAUAACAAUAGCGAGAAUACUCAAGUGUUACAAGAAUUGUUUAGACAGCAGCAGUUACAGAGCUCAUAUCCAUAUGGCCACUCAGGGAGCCAUCCAUUUAUAGAAAUACAAGCAAGUCACUUGUCAAACAAUUUAACACAGGAUUACAGUGGACAUGCAACAGGCACAAGUGGUUCAACCAAUGCAAUACCUUCGCAUUCAACUCCAACCGAUUCUUACAUGGUACACACAACUGAAGGUUCAUAUCAUCAUUCAUUGCAUCAUGAAGAUGGAACAAGUCAACCUCAAGACACCUCCUAUGAUUUGCUAUUGAAUGUUGUUGGAGUUCGAAACGAUCAUUCCAAUGGAGGUGCAUCUGCUGUGCAUGCCCAUAACUAUCUUGUCACAAAUCAACAGCAAGGCAUUGACACACAUGCUAGUACCUCUCAUCAUCACAUUUUGAAUGCAACACAACCUAUUCAUCAUCAUCACCACUCAGCCUCUCAAUUAGUUCAUCAUCAUCAUGCCUUAAAUAAUUUUUCAAAUUCAAAUGAUUAUGUUCGAUUUGAUGAUCAUUUAUUUUCUUUACUGCAAUCAAAUUCUACACAUGAUCACUCACACACGUCGUCGUCAUCGACUCAUUUGAAUCAUAAUAAUAACAACAACAAUAACAACACCAAUGCAACCAUGGACACCACUGGAUUGAUGGAUUCGUUAACGAAUCCAAAUGCACAAUCCUCUCAAAAUGUCACCUCAGAUUCUCAAUUAAGCUUACAAAUUCAUCAUUCCAAUCAUCAUCAUCAUUCUUCAACCCAAACUCAGCAUGCUGGACAAACCCAACCAUCUCAUGUACCAUCACCUCUCCAGCAUCAUGGUUGGAAAGGAGAAAAAGGAUUGAAUUGUUUCAAUUAUUUUGACGUUGCCUAUGAUCCUACUACUACGAGUACUUCAACCACCAUUGGAAAUCAACACACCAAUUCAUCAUCCACUCCAAUAAUGGUAGAAGCCACCGAUGCUGCUGCAGUUGUUCAUCAUUCACAACAUCAGAAUCAACAUCAGAAUCAACAUCAGAACCAGAAUCAACAACAUUCUCAACUCAUGAAUCCAUUAGAACAAGUCGUCAAUGCAGCAGCUGUUCAUUCCACAGCAGCAGCAGCACUUUCAUUGAUCAAACCCAUGAAUUCAUAUCAUUCCAAUGAUUUAUCCUCUCCCGUCCAAACGACGACGACCAAUUUGUCUCAUCAUGUGUUUCAUCCUGCUAGCAUGGUGGAUUCUCAACAACAACAAUUUUCCAAUAUUCAUCAUCAUCAGGUCACAACCACAAAUCCCUAUCACACAAGUGCAGCAUCAUCAUUCAUGAACACUUAUGGAAUGCAAAUGACUCAUCAACAAGUACCACCACCACCUCACAACAACAACAACCUUAAUACCAUGAUGAUGAAUCCAGCAGCAGUAACAGCAGCAGUUCAACAACAACAACAAUUUUCUCAACAACAGCAUUUACCAAAUACUACUUGCUCUCCCGUCCAAACGACCAUGAUGAUUCCAUCUUCACAUCACCAUUCCAACGUUGGAGCUCCAACCUAUGUACUCAAUUCUCCAACAACGAUGGCAUGCAUGACCACCACCACUUCCAAUCCUCCUCCUCCUCCUCCACUUCCUUCUUCUACGACUAUGACUACAACUCAACACUCUCCUCAUCAAUUCAAUGCAUCACAAAAAAAGGCCAUCUCCUCGAAAAGUAAAAUCAUAACCAUGACCACAAUGUUGGAUGGUUCCAAACAAGUCAUUACUCAAUCCAAGAUGAAUCUUUCCAUGGAUGAUCCCAAUGCGGCGGCGGUGUCACCCACGAUUUGCAAUUGUUGUGGCAGAUCCGACAGUGAAGUUUCCUUUAAGAAAAAUUAUUCCAUUCAUGAAGGAAAUAUUGAAUCUUAUCGAAGUACAUUUCCUCAAAAUUCUGAAAGUAUUACACCAGGACCUGUGUGUGCAACAUGUUACAACAAGCAAUGGAGAUAUCAACGUGGAUUGUAUGAUCCUCAAAAGUCAUCGUCGUCACGAAAAAACAUGUCACGAGAUCUCGGAGGAGGUAAACAUGCAUCGACGAGUCCACAAGCUAUAUCUAGUUCUCCUCAAACUCCCUUACAAAAUAAUCGUGUCACAGCCAUUCAAAAUGAUUAUUCCUCAUCGUAUUCAGGUUCUCCAGUUUCCACAAAACAAAAUUCAUCAUCCUUCGGAGGAGGAGUUCAUAGUGGAUUGAAAAAGAGAAGACCUCCUUCAUUGGUUUCUUCGAGUCAUUCGAGCUCACCUUCUUCUUCGUCUGUGAAUCAUCAUGGAACUCAUCGAGGACAAGUAGAAGAAGGAACAGCAGUAGUGGAAGAGGUAGGAAAUGGAGGUGAAACGAUGACGACCCUCGUUCAUAACAAACGAGUGAAAACUCAUCAUUUCAACAACCAUACGGAUUGGUUAUUGGAAAAGUCGAAAAGAAAUCACAUUUCGAAUGAUGAAAUUUCCAUCAUUGUUCAAUUUUAUCAAGUGUUGGAAUGGAAUGUACAAGCACAACAACAACAACAACAUGAAGAAGAAGAAGAAUGGAAUGUAAAAACAAGAACCAACACGGAGGAAAUCUCUGUGGAGCAUCAAACAUCCAUUGUCACUGUGCCUCAGGACAAUUCGAAUAGUAGAAAUCAGCAACAACAAGUCAGCAUGUUAACAAAGCUCAUCAUGGAAGAUGGUUUUAAUCAUUGUGAAAUUCUUCAAGAUGUGAUUCGAGAAUUUAAUGAUCAACAAUUGGCCAUUCAAAAACAAUUAAUGUAUGGCGUGUGUUUUGAUAGUGCAACAACAACAACAAAUUUAAUGGAGAAUCAUGCACGACGACGACAUGAUCAGCACGAUUCAUGUAAAAGUGAAUUAUUGAAUUUGCCACUUCAUUCCAGCAACAAUCAUUCUCGAAUGGAUUCGACAAGGUUCAGAGUACGACACUAUUAUACGACUGCUUUGAGGCUCGAUUUGAAGGAUUUUGAAUUGCCAGUGUUGAGUGUUCCAGCAAGCACAGGUGCUGCUGAUGAACAAAUGAUGGUCCUUUGUAACAGUAGCAGCUCAUCCAUAAUGAUGGAAGAUGUCACUCCUACAAGUCUUACAAGUGGUAGCAGUAGUAACAAUGACAACAAUGGUGAGAAUAGUGCUAUGGGUACGACCACAGUAGAACAACAACAUGACACUCCAAAUCAAGUGUCAGCUGCAUUGCAAGGAAAACAUGCACUCAAUACUCUGAAGAGUCAAUUAGUGAGCCGGCUGUCAGAACUUUUGUACACCAAGCAACCAGUGCUGGAUAGCACGAAUCUGACAACGACAACUCGAAAGAAGUCAUCCACCUCAACUUCGGAUGAUAUUGCAUCAGAAUCAUUCCAGGAAAUGGCUGGUACCAUGCCAGAAGACCAACGCUGUUAUUUGCCAGUUUCCUCUCCAAUUGUGAUAUGUAUGAAAAUUACUUCGAUGGACCGAUUUCAAAACCUUGUACUUUUGGAUUUGGAUGAAUUUUACAUGAUGGAACGAUCGCUGUGUGAGGGUGACUCCUUGAGUGUGUUUUUUGUUUGA